AAAAUGAGCGGAAAUAAUAUGCAAACGAUCAAAUGUGUGGUUGUCGGAGAUGGUGCUGUCGGAAAAACAUGUCUUCUAAUUUCGUAUACGACAAAUAAAUUCCCUUCAGAAUAUGUGCCUACGGUGUUUGACAACUACGCUGUUACUGUUAUGAUCGGUGGUGAGCCGUACACGCUAGGGCUGUUCGACACAGCUGGGCAGGAAGACUACGACAGAUUGAGACCCCUGUCAUACCCACAAACGGAUGUUUUCCUCGUGUGCUUCUCAGUUGUGAAUCCUAGUUCUUUCGAGAACGUCAAAGAAAAGUGGGUGCCAGAGAUACAACACCACUGCAACAAGACGCCAUUUUUACUGGUGGGAACUCAGAACGAUCUGAGGGAUGAGCCAGGAAGUGGGAAGGCGAAGACGAAGCCCAUCUCGCAGGAGCAGGGAGAGAAGCUGGCCAAGGAUCUGAAAGCGGUCAAAUACGUCGAAUGCUCUGCUCUCACACAGAAAGGACUGAAGAAUGUAUUUGACGAGGCUAUUCUGGCGGCGCUUACGCCUAACCCGAAGAAAGGCGGAGAAAAGGCGAGAAAGUGUCUCAUUGUCUAAUGGCUUCUAAAGACGAGCAGAUAUUGGACUGAAAUUACUUCGAAUUAUCUUGCUUCUAUCCUUGUUUCUGUAGAUUACGAAUUUCAAAUGGUUUCAUUAUUUUACUAAUCACUGUCACUGCGGAGGCUAUUUUGUCUAUUCGUCUUUGAUUUGUUGCUUUUUUUCAACAAACAUUGUGCAGCUGAAUUGUUCACAGAUUUGAUUACUUAUUAUUACGCAAAACAUGCAGAACAAAUUUUUCAUAUAAUAGCUAAUCGAUCAGAUUGAGCUAAUUUAAAAUUUCUUGCUUUGUUUGCUAAAAAGACUGUAAAAAGUAAUUCAAGCUUUGUUUCAACAGAACAGCGAAGAUUGUAAUUGUUAUAAUUAGACCAAUGGGGAAUAUUUAAUACUGCUGUAAAUAUAUUUCAUUUGGAAGUAUCAGUAGAAUAUGCGAAACUGUUGCUCAGAAGGUAACUUGCCUCAAAAGACCACUCGCUGGAAAAAGUCUUCACAAACUCUUCAUCUGUUCUGAUUUUCAUUUUCAGUAGAUAAAUAAAUGAAGGUAGUCAAUUUGAAUUAUAUUCUUUUUCAAGA